AUGCACAAAGGUUGGAGUGACGAUGGGACCAAGCUCGAUUGGGAUACCCCGGUGACGGAUCAGCUUCUUAAUCGUUGGCUAUGUUUCCGCGGGGAACUGAGCAACAUUUUAAUGAUUUCAGUCCCACAAUGGUUGGGGGUAAAACCUGACGCAAGUUGGCACCUUCACGGCUUCGCAGAUGCCUCAAAGCAAGCUUAUGCAGCUGUCAUCUUCGCUGUCACCCCAGGUGGAGAGUCAAUGCUAUUGCUGUCAAAGACUAAAGUAUCACCGAUCAGGGUUGUCCUCGAGUGGCUCAAAAAUCAUUCUUCUCGCUGGCCAACGUUCAUCGUAAACCGUACCAGCGAGAUAUUGUCAUCUUUUCCAAAGGCUACUUGGAGAGCCAUACAACAAAGUCACUUUACAGAAGAAAAACGGACCUUGCUUGCUGGCAGCAUACUUCAUAAGCGCAGCUGUCUACGAAGGCUCAAUCUUUUUAUUUGCGAACAAGGGCUUUUAAGAGUUGGAGGAAGGCUUCAUUACGCUCCGUUGUCCGAGGGUGAAAAACACCCAAUAAUCCUGCCAGGAAGCUGCAAAUUGGUCAAAUGGUUGAUACAGGAAACUCACAUGUUCACGCUGCAUGGAGGACCUCAGCUUACGAUUUCCGUCCUCAAUACUUCGUUUUGGAUAACGCAAGGACUCCGCGCUGCUACCUCCGCAUUUCAUCAUUGUGUAACAUGUACUCGUUAUGCAGCAAAAGGCACCAAACAGAUCAUGGGCCAACUGCCUACAGCAAGAGUGACACCUACACGACCUUUCGCCGCUACUGAUCUCGAUUAUGCAGGGCCAGUACCUGUACUUUUUUCAAAGGGUCGCGGCGCAAAAUCAACGAAGGGCUACAUAGCUAUUUUUAUCCGCAUGAUAACUAGGGCUAUACACAUCGAAAUCGUGUCGGACUUAUCAUCAGAGGCUUUUUUGGCAGCUCUCGCUCAUUUUUGCGCUCGGCGAGGCACAUGUUCAGUCAUUUUUUCGGACAAUGCGACUACAUUUAAGGGCGCCUCAUCUGAACUCGACAGGUUAUUCCAGCAAUCUUCAAAUUUUACUGUUGAAGUCAACGAUCAACUCAGCACUAAAGGGAUCAAGUGGUCUUUUAUUCCACCUCGAGCCCCACAUUUUGUAGGUCUCCGGGAGGCUGCUGUCCGAAGUUUUAAGCAUCAUUUUAGAAGAGUCGUUGGAGAUGCGACCUUAACCUUCAAGGAGCUGUCUACGUUGGCAGCCAAGAUUGAGGCUUGCCUCAAUUCACGGCCACUGUGCCCUUUGGCUAGUGAUCCCCUUGCUCCGACCACACUGACACCGGCUCAUUUUUUGACGGGCUCGCCACAACUGUCUUACCCGGAGCCUUACUCGAACGACAAUGCAGUACCGAAAUAUGUCAGUCGCUGGAGGUUGCUGAAUCAGAUGCGCAACUCCUUUUGGACACGCUGGAAGAAAAAGGUUUUACACCAAUUUCAGUUAUUUAAUAAAUGGCAAACACCACAAUUAAAUCUUCAGGUUGGUGACAUCGUGCUGCUCAAAGACCAACUCAGCCCACCAAGCAAAUGGCCACUUGACCUUAUAAUCGACAUUUAUCCUGGGGACGAUGGUCUUGUUCGCAUCGCCACAAUUAAGACUGCCUCAGCAAUCUUCAAGCGUCCAGUGAUCAAGCUUAUAAAACUUCCAACGGAAGCCGAUUUUGAAGAUUGUCUAUCAAGGAAAAAAGAAAUUGAGCUGCCAAGUAAAACUUAA